UUUAUCGAACGACUUAACAGUGUUUUUACACAACUAUUAGAUUAACAACCGUUUGUAAUAAUUACAAGAUGCAAAAAAUCACAAAUGUUUUUAUAAUUGCCAUUAUCCUGGGAAUAUCGUUGGUCGCACAAAGCCAGCCACCUCCAAAUGAUGGCGAGAGUUCAAAACUUUCAAUCGCAAAAGGUAUUGCAGUAACCGCAUAUAAAGAACUACUGGAUGCCAUGGAGAAAGUAUACAAUUUUCUUUCAGACAAAAUCCAUGGUUCUGAUUAUUCAGGCGUCGAUCGCAGAGUCCUUCAAGAUGGAAUAGGAGAUGAUGCACCUACACCAUGGGAAAAUUUGUUAGAUUCAAUAAAGAAAAUGCGCGUUUGUAUUGAAGAUAAACUCGUUUAUACAGUCGCACAAAGCCAGCCACCUACUAAUGAUGGCGAGAGUUCAAAACUUUCAAUCGCAAAAGAUAUUGCAGUAACAGCAUAUAAAGAUCUACUGGAUGCAUUGAAGGAUGCAUACAAUUUUCUUUCAGACAAAAUCCAUGGUCCUGUUUAUUCAGACCUUGUAGACGGAGUCCUUCAAGGUGGAAAAGAAGAUGUUCCACCUACACCAUGGGAAGAUUUGUUAGAUUCAAUAAAGAAAAUGCGCGAUUAUAUUGAAGACAAACUACAGUACUUAGAUGAUAUAAAUAAAGCAAUAUAUAGCAAUAGUAAACUAUAUAAACGAACAAAAACGUCAUAA